CCGUAGGCCGUCAAUCCAAGCACGGGUAAACAUACUGAAUGGAUGCUUCCGCGCCCUGGUCGCAGGAGGCGAUACGAAGGGCACCGUUUCUCGCGGCAACGGGACAAAGCGUGGAGAUGUGGGACACAAGUGCCCCUGGUCCUACGACGGAAAACACGGACCCAAACCGGACAGCUGGGGCGAUCUGGUGUUCUGCAUGCCCGGCGCCGUGUGCGACACCGGCUUCGCCCAGUCGCCCAUCGCGAUACCCGCGGGUCUGGCCGACGAGAACGGCGACUUCGUGUUGGACAACUACGACAGGGAGUUCAAGAAGUUCGACGUCGACGUGGACGGUCACGCGAUCACGGUUAUCAUCAAGGACGAAGGCCCGGCUCCCACCGUGGAAGGCGAGGAGGUGCUCGGCAAAGGCAAAUUCGUGCUGCAGCAAUUUCACUUCCACCUCGGGUCCAAUGACAACCAGGGAGCCGAGCACAAGAUCGACGAAGCCGGGCACAAUUUUCCCUUGGAGGUGCACUUCGUCCACACCAGGGAAGGUAAAGGGAGCACGGCUGAGGCCCUCAAGGAGCCCGGCAAUGUAGUCGCAAUGGCUGUCCUAUUCAAGGUUGAAGAAAAUCCGGCGGAUAAUAAAGCGGACGCCGCGCUCAUGGCCGUUAUCGAUAAAAUCGGUGUCUCCACCGAUGCCACCAAGGCGUUGAACCUUGAGGACUUCGUAGGCCCAAUCACGACCUACUACCACUACAACGGCUCCUUGACGACACCGCCCUGCACCGAGGGCCUCAGGUGGAUCGUUCUCGACUCGCAUCCUUCGGUUAAGAAGAAAACGCUUCAACUGCUCCGCGACAAGUCACCGAACGUGCGUAAGGACAACUUCCGUCCGUACAGGAGCCCCCAGAACCGUCAAGUCAAAAAGUACACGUCGUUGUAAUUGAAAUAAACCUCGCCUUAAAUUAUUUC